CCUUGUCUUGACAUUCUUUUCACGACGGGCAUUUGAUGUCAUCAAGUCCAUUCUCGGAAUCCUAUCAAAUAUUAUAAGCAGAUUCAAAGAGAAACUCCGGGACUCUAAGUCUGACCAGAAACACUUGGUCGCUGUCACCGCCGCUCAGGGUUCUAGCUGCAGGCUUCCAUGACCAGUGGGCCGCCCCAAAGCCAAGCGCCAUGGCAGUGCUUUGGUGGCUGCUAGCCACCCUGGCCACUUCGAGUAUAGGCAUGGAAGUGGCAGUGGAUUUCAGAGGCGACGAGUCGUCCAGGACAGCUUUGAUACGCAAGCAAGAUGACACUCAGCCCACCCUCCAUCCCUGUGACGAUAAGUCGAAAUGCACUGGAUGUGGAGGUUUGUCACAAGCUUCCUGCGAGAAAGCCUGCUGGAUCGAUGACAACAAGCAGAACAGGCAAUGCAUUUGGAGCACGCUGCUGGAAUGCGUGGACAAGACGGAGGGGGUGGCUGGCGCCCUGUGCUGAUUCAUGAUACUUCAAC